CAGAGUAUUGUGAGUAAGACAAGUGGAGCACUAUUUUGGCCGUUGGACCUGUUCCCUACAUGGUCACGUCACCGCCCAGCCCUCAGACUCCGCCCCCUCGUGUGUGUGUGUGUGUGUUUGACUGUGUGAGAUAACAGUAGAAAUAGGGCAGGGUCCAACGCAGACCGAUCAGACGUCGGGGAACGGUUUCACAACUUGUUGUUGUUUUUCAUGCCGGAUGACUUCAUCCAUUCAGUGACUGAUAGACGCGGUUACAAGUUGAGCGUGUUUGUUUGUUUGUUUGUUUGAAGAAGAAAAAAACCGGAAGAUAUUUUCUUCCUCUAGUUCUUUCGUUAUUAACGCAGAGGACCGCGGGGGGAGUUUCACACAGCAUUCGCGUGAAGUUUUGGGAAACUAUGCGACCGCGUCGUGGGAAAGCGUGCGCGUGAAAUGUUCCGGAUCGUCCGCACCUCAGCGCGCGACUCAGCGUUUGGGUCGUGACUUCCAGCGCGCGGCUGCCCACAACAGCGCGUGCUCAUAAUUGAUAUAUAUAUAUAUAUAUAUAUAUAUAUAUAUAUUCCCUGCACUUUAUUUUUCCAAAACACAUCCGAAAAUGAGCUAAAAAAAACAUGAUUAUGCAAAACGGAGGAUGUCGGAGCGCGAGUGUUGGAAGACUUUAAAGCACGCCGGUCUGCACGCGGGGAUCGGGAUUUUAAAAAAAAGUGUAGGGUGAAGAUGAUGAACUCGGAUCGGGAGAGUCUGUGUGUCCCGGCGCCGGGAUGCGUGGACGGUGCGCGCCGAGGAAGCGCCUCGUGCCUUCACGCGGACGGUGAGCCGUGCGGGUUUUUCAGCGACACCGCCUCGAUCCCCGCGGCCGGAGAGUUCUGGAACGUGCCCGCGGCGGUGAGCGGCGCCAGCGCGGGGAGUGUGAGCUGCGUGGACGGAGGGAGUAACGGCGGCGGCGGCGGCUGUGUCGGUGGACCGUCGAGCGCGAGCGCGUGCAAGAGCCGAGCCGCGAGUGUCGCGUACGUGCUGAACUCGGAGUCGGGCCCGGCGGAGAGCGCGGCCCUGCAGUGCCUGAAGGAUGCGUGCGACGCUGCGGGAUGCCGGAUGGAAGUGGUCCACUUCGGCAAACUGGACUUCGGAGAGAUGGCCGUGCUCGACCAGUUCUACAACGCAGAUAUAGCUGUGGUGGAAAUGACGGACGCUUUCCGACAGCCGUCGCUCUUCUAUCACCUGGGAGUGAGGGAGAGCUUCAGCAUGGCCAACAACAUCAUCCUGUACUGUGACUCCAACUCAGACUCAUUGCAGAACCUCCAGGAGGUUGUGUGCCAGAAAAACACUUCAUGUGCGGCGAACUACCUGUUUAUCCCGUACAUAGUGACUCCUCAGAAUAAGGUGUACUGCUGUGAGAGCAGCCUCAUGAAAGGCCUCAGUGAGCUGAUGCAGCCCGGUUUUGAGGCUCUGCUCGGUCCCAUCUGCCUGCCUCUGGUGGAUCGCUUGACCCAGCUUCUCACCAGCACACAGACCAGCUCCUGCCAGUACUUCCGGGAAACCAUUCUGAACGACAUCCGCAAAGCGCGGGAGCUGUACACGGGGGUGGAGCUCGCAGCAGAGUUGGGCCGGAUCCAGCAGCGACUGGACAACGUGGAGUGCCUGUCAGCCGACAUCGUGAUCAACCUGCUCUUAUCAUACAGAGACAUACAGGAUUAUGAAUCCAUUGUGAAGCUGGUUGAGACUCUAGAAAAACUUCCAACAUUUGACCCCAUUGCCAACCCUCAUGUGAAAUUCCACUAUGCCUUCGCUCUAAACAGGAGGAACCAGCCUGGGGACAGACAGCGAGCUCUGGACAUCAUGCUGCCGCUGGUGGAGUCUGAAGAGCAGGUGGCCUCGGACAUUUACUGCUUGGUAGGACGCAUCUAUAAAGACAUGUUUCAGGACUCGCACUUCACCGACACUCAGAGCCGAGACAGCAGCAUACAAUGGUUCAGGAGAGGGUUUGAAUCGGAGCCCACGCUGCACUCGGGUAUAAACUACGCUGUGCUUUUGCUGGCCGCUGGUCACCAGUUUGACUCUUCCUUCGAGCUCCGUAAAGUGGGUGUAAAGUUGAGCAGUCUCCUGGGAAAGAAAGGCAGUCUGGAUAAGCUACAGAGUUACUGGGAUGUGGGCUUUUUCCUGGGUGCGAGCAUUCUAGCCUGCGACAACACCCGUGUUUUACAAGCAUCUGAGAAGCUCUUCAAACUUAAAGCUCCCGUCUGGUACCUCUGCUCGCUGGUUGAGACCAUUCUAAUCUAUCAGCACUUUAAGAAGCCUUCGACUGACCCACCAGGGCCUAAACAGGAACUACUGGAUUUUUGGAUGGACUUCCUGGUAGAGGCUACCAAAAAGGAUGUAUCGUCCGUCCGCUUUCCUGUACUGAUUCUGGAGCCCACUAAAGUCUACCAGCCGUCUUACCUGUCAAUCAACAAUGAUGUGGAACAGAACACGCUCUCCAUUUGGCACGUGGCUCCUGAUGACAAAAAUAAAGGGAUCCAUGAGUGGAAUUUCAGUGCAGCGUCAGUGCGAGGCGUGAGCAUCUCCAAGUUCGAUGAACGCAGCUCUUUCCUCUAUGUAGUGAACAACUCCGAAGACUUCCAGAUCUACUUCUGCACAGAGAUGCACUGCAAAAGGUUCUGUGAGCUAGUGAACAGUCUGACUGAAGAAAGCUGGAAAGGUCCGGAUGAGGCAGACUGUGACUCUGAAACUUUAGAGUAUGACUAUGAAUACGAUGAGCACGGCGAGAGGGUGAUUCUGGGUAAAGGCACAUUCGGCAUCGUCUAUGCGGGUCGCGACCUCAGUAACCAGGUGCGACUGGCAAUCAAGGAGAUUCCCGAGCGGGACAGCAGGUACUCCCAGCCUCUGCAUGAGGAGAUUGCCCUACACAAGCAUCUGAAACAUAAAAACAUUGUGCAGUAUUUGGGCUCCAUCAGUGAAGGCGGCUUCAUCAAGAUUUUUAUGGAGCAGGUACCAGGAGGCAGUCUCUCAGCACUGCUGCGAUCCAAAUGGGGUCCACUGAAGAACAAUGAGCCAACCAUCGGCUUCUACACCAAACAGAUCCUGGAGGGACUCAAAUACUUGCAUGAUAACCAGAUCGCCCACAGAGACAUCAAGGGAGACAACGUUCUGAUAAACACCUACAGUGGAGUUCUGAAAAUCUCUGAUUUUGGCACGUCGAAGCGCCUGGCUGGAAUAAACCCCUGCACCGAGACCUUCACUGGAACAUUACAGUACAUGGCUCCUGAGAUCAUAGACAAAGGCCCUCGUGGUUACGGGAAACCAGCGGAUAUCUGGUCACUGGGAUGUACCAUUAUAGAAAUGGCCACAGGGAAACCACCUUUUUAUGAGCUGGGAGAACCACAGGCAGCCAUGUUUAAGGUGGGAAUGUUUAAGAUCCAUCCAGAAAUUCCAGACACCAUGUCGUCUGAGGCCAAGGCAUUCAUUCUGCGCUGUUUCGAGCCAGACCCGGACCUGCGCGCUGCAGCCAACGAGCUGCUCAUGCACGAGUUCCUCACUGUUACGUCUCGCAAGAAAAAAGCCAAGGGGAACAACUUCACAGCAUUGACCCCAGCAACUGAAUAUGUGCGUAGUAUCUCACUUCCUGUUCCGGUGGUAGUUGAGGACACGAGCAGCAGCAGUGAGUAUGGCUCGGUCUCUCCAGACAAUGAGCUGAGCGCCAACCCCUUCGUCUUCAAGCCCAGCAUCAAGUGCCUUAGUGAGAGAGAGGUCAAAGGGCAUCGCUCGCUCUUCCUCAGCAUCCCAGUGGAGCAGUUUGAGGACCACAGCGCCCCCCCGUCUCCGGAGGAGAAGGACCCGGGCUUCUUUAUGCUGAAAAAGGACAGUGAGCGCAGGGCCACGCUGCACCGCAUCCUCAUUGAGGACAGAGAUAAAAUAGUCACCAACCUGCAGGAAGGGCUCACGCAGGGUACAGAGGAGACCAAGCUAAAGCACGAGCACAUUUCCACUCUGGUGGCCAGUCUGGGGGAUUUUGUACGAAUGGCUGACCGGAAGAUCAUUGCCAAUACGCUAUCGCAGCUCAAACUGGAGCUGGACUUCGACAGCGUCGCUAUCAGCCAGCUGCAGGUGGUGCUGUUCGGCUUCCAGGACGCGAUGAACAAAGUGCUGCGGAAUCACAACAUCAAACCUCACUGGAUGUUUGCUCUCGAUAACAUCAUCCGGAAAGCCGUACAGACCGCCAUCACCAUCUUGGUUCCAGAGCUAAGGCCACACUUCAGUUUAGCAUCCGAAAGCGACCCUGCCGACCAGGAUGACGUUGACGAGGAUGCCAUCGCUCACGGAAGCCUCACCGACAAACACAGAAGCCCGACCAUUGCCAACCAUGAUGACACGGUGGCCACAUCUGGAGUGAGCACGCUCAGUUCAACCGUCUCGGAGUCUCAGAACGCGCAGCGCUCUGUCAGCAUGGAACUCGGCCGCGUGAAGCUCGAGACUAACAGGUUGUUAGAGGAGUUGGUGAAGAGGGAACGAGAGUAUCAGUGUAUCCUACGUCAGGUUUUGGAAGAGAGGGAGAGGGAGAUUAACCUACUGAAGAUUCGCUUUCAACCCAUCGAUGUUGCCACUCCCUCAGUGAGUGUGAGUUCAUUGGGAAACGAGUUCCCAAUUGGGAAAACUUCAUUGGGAAGUGAGGCUGACCCUGAGCUGCUCAAAUGGCUCAGGCUACAUGGAGCUGAUGCAGACUCUAUAGAAAGGAUUGUAGCGGAGGAAUACACUCUGGACGACAUCCUUCAUUGCGUCACAAGGGACGACCUGAAAAGUCUGAGAUUAAAGGGUGGAAUCCUGUGUAAGCUAUGGAAAGCUAUUACAGAAUAUCGAGAGAAACCCGGCUGAGAUGGCGGCUUUCUACCUGCUCUACUUUAUUCUGGUGUGUUUACAGACCAAAACCCUGAGAACUCCUGCUCCAGAAACCACUCGGAUACAUCACGACUAUGGCACAAGCUCUGGCCUGAUCUGUAGGAUAAAUUUGGUCAAGAUGCACAUUUUACUCGGCCCUUUAUGCAACAUCCAGUCUUGACUGUGACUUGCGUGAACGUGAUUUUGGGCGAGGCCUGAACCAUGGCUCAUGGCAUAGAUUUGCUCAUUGCAGCCAUGAUAUAAACGUUGAUACUGAUGCAAGUUUUAAUAUCGGCUUGCACCAGAACAUUUGGGGAUCUAUUCUGUUCACAUGUACAGUGUAUUGACUUGUUUCACUAUUUAAAAAACACAUUAGAAGGCUGUGGGUAGGACGAACGUCUACACUGGUGAGGCUAGUACAGGAGGUUGGAGUUCUUCAUGCAGGAAGAAUAUGAUUUUGUUUCUUUGCUUGUUCAUGUUUACAAAAAGAAACUGAGACUGAUUAUUGUCCUGAAAGACAGGCAGUAUCCGAGACUUUCCAGAGUUACCUUAUGCUAACUUGCGCUUGUAUUUUAAACAGUUAAGUAGGUUUUCAAUCUUAACACUAUAUUUCUACUAUUAUUAUUAUUAUUAUUAUUAUUAUUAUUAUUAUUGUCCAGUAAGACUUUCCACUUUUUUUUUCCAUUACAUUGCUUAGUGUAAGUGCUUGUUUUUGACAUGUGAUCUGCUUUUGUACUGGGUCCUGUAUUUUAACAUAAAAUGUGUUGCAUAUUUGAGUCAGCUGCCAUAAAUAUAUACCAUUUUCAUAAUGAAUCAUUUUUUAAAAUGCUUUAAAAUUGUACUGUAUUAAAUAUAGAUGUGACCAUGGAACAAAGUUUGAAGAUGUUUUACAAACCAGAUUUGUGUAACAUGUGAAGUGCAGGAUUUUUUUUUUUUUUUUUGGGUCAUAGCUUCUAUUUCUUAAUACAUACCUCCAACCAGUAUACAGUCUGUAAGAAUCAUGACUUUAUAAAGCUUUAGCCUGAUCAUAAUGCUUAGCUUGAAUAUGUUGACCAUUUUUCAUUGAAUACAGCUUUUUCCUAUGUUUGAUAUUUAAUGUAAUUUCCGUUUAUUUAAUCAUGAUUAAAUAAUGAGAUAAUUUGUGUAUUGUUGUAUGACAAUCCUAAGAAUUAACUGUGAAAUUAAAGUGGGACCUGAAAAUCAUGAGUAGGUGGGUUUUUAAAAAAAAAAAAAAAAAAGUUAUUAUUUUUAAAUAUUUGUAAUAA